GCGGAAGGGGGUGGAAUAGUGGUAUUGUGAACCACUGUUUUACGCCGCGCUGGAACGGCAAAGGCAGGACUGGGGAUGAUGAUGGACGAUGUCUCUGUAUGAAGUGUUGUUGGCUGCUUACAGAUUGCUGCACGAUCUCAUUAUCGUGGAGUAGUGGCCGACCACUUUUCUUUCAGCCUCUCGCAGCGCAAACGGUAGUAGCCGGGGGGAUGCAGAAGAAUGUACUGGACAUAUAUAUAUAUAUAUAUAUGUAUAUGUGUGUGUGUGUGUUGUGCGUCACUUUUAGGUUGGGAUCUAGAAACGAUGCCACGAUGGCGGGUGUAACUAGCUUAUUGGGACGGACGGCCGGCUGAUUGUUUACGAAGACACUGACUGUUAGCUCUCUCGCGAAUCUGGAUGGUUGCA